AUGAAUCUCCGAAGCCUCGUUUGGGCAGGUCUCACUGCCACGGCUCUAGCCCACGGUGGCCAUGAAGCCGUUCCCCAGGGCGAAUCCAUCUCCAAGGAUCCCAUCGAUGGCACGCUCUGGACCCAUAUGAUCCUCAUGGGACUGGCCUUUGGUAUCAUCUUCCCCGUAGGAAUGGUCUUUGGCAUCGUUCGUUCCCGCUGGCACGUCCCGGUCCAGGUUGUCGGCACUGUCAUUGCGGUUCUGGCUUAUUUCCUCGGUCACGCUCAUAAAGGUCGCCAAUUCGACAAGAAUCUUCACGCUUCGUUCGCCAACUGGUUGAUGCUCAUGCUCGUCGCACAGAUUGUGCUGGGCGCAUACCUCAAAUUGCAUCUUGAGAAGGCGGGACAGGCACGCAUUCGGUGGAUUUUCGUUCUCGCGCACGGUAUCGUCGGAAAGAUUAUGCCAGUUGUCAGCUGGGCGCAGAUGCUGUUCGGUGGCAUUGCUGCGCUGGGAUUCUGUCGCGACGAUCAUCUUGGACAAUGUCUUGCUCACUUCAUCAUGGGCUCUGCGUUUAUCGGAUAUGGUAUCUGCCUGACAAUCUUGCUGCUCGUUGGCCAGUUCUGGCUACGUAAGACCGGUCGCAGUCAGGAAUUCUUUGACUCUUUGGUCAUUGCUGCGUGGGGUUGCGUCAACACUUUCACUGAGCACCGCUGGGGUGGACCGUGGGUUCACAAUGAUCUGCAGCAUACUACCAUGGGCAUUGUCUGGUGGGCAGCUGGUUUGCUCGGCAUGUGGCUUAGUCGCAGUCGCAGCGGUCGCCCCAAGCGUAACCUCAUUCCUGCCAUCGUUAUCAUGCUCACUGGGUACGCCAUGUCGGCUCACACCCAGGAGCUAAUGAUCAGUACUAUGGUUCACUCAAUCUUCGGUUACACCCUCAUGGGUGCUGGUCUCGUUCGCGUCAUCGAAAUCUCAUUUGUGUUGAAGGACAAGCCUGCUCUAUCUGAGCCAAACAGCUUCCAAUAUCUGACACCCUUUUUGCUGUACGCUUCUGGUUUCCUCUUCUUGGGUGCCACCGAGGAGCAGAUGGUCAUGUUGAACAAUGCUGGCAUCAUGCACGUUUCUUACGUCUUGAUUCUGUACAGCGUUGCCUUCGUUGUCUUCCUGUUUGUCAACGUGCUUCUUCACAUUUACGCCGUCCACGCUUGGCCCAACUCCGAGUCUACGGACCAGAACGGCCCCAGAUACACUUCUCUCAACCGAGGCCCCAACACAAAUGGCCACACCCGCUCCACAUCGCAGCAGAUUCAGGAUGCAGAGGCUUUCGAGCUGCAUGGGCUGAUCUCCGAUGACGAGGAAGGCCCCUCUAUGGGACCACGAAAGGACAGCGAUGAAGAGCUCGGAAAGGAUGAGUCUCAUCGCUAA